UCAAGGCAACCGCAAUGGAUCAGGAAGAGGGGUGGACCACCGUGGACAAUAUAGUCACUCAGUUCAACACCUAUGAAGAUUUCCUGGAUUCGCAGAUUACUACACUGGACUUGUACUACCUGGAGGAUGAAGGCCUGGCCCGCCAGUUGGUGGAGCUAGGCUACCGCGGGACUGGAGAGGUGGUGAAAAGGGAAGAUUUUGAAGCAAGGAAGGCAGCUAUAGAGAUUGCAAGGUUGGCUGAAAGAACUCAGAAAAAGACAUUAACAAGUGCUGGUAAAGACCUGCAUGAUAAUUUUCUGAAGGCUCUGGCAGUGAGAGAAGAAGACAAUCGCAAUGGAAUAGUGAGCUCCGUGAUCUUUAUUCGUGACAGAAAUUCUCAUGGGCAGGAGGUGUCAGGAUACAUUGACUAUGCUCACAGGCUAAAGACUGAAGAUUUUGAAGUCUACUUUAGUGGAAAAAAAAGACUUCUUCCAAGACCCACAGAUAUGAGUUUUUACAACUGGGACAGUCAUGUUGCUGUUUGGAAUUCAACUCCCAACUACCAAGUGAUUGCUGAUAAUCCAGAAGGCUUACUUUUCAAAUACAAAAGAGACAGAAAAAUUCUCAACGUGGACCCUAAGGCUCAACCAGGUGACAACUCUACUAGAACCCCUAUCCAGACAGAGCUCUACAUACAAGCUGUCAUUUUUGACCACAUUUCCAGAAGAAAGACUUAACUACCAACAUGUUAGAUGGUUUCCUAA